UUGUCUGCCCUAACUAGCAUGCUGAUAGCCGGCAAAAAUUGCAAGCAAAGCAUCAUCAAAAUUUGCCAAAAUUUGAGGACAAGUGAGAUUUGUUCGGUGCUGCAAUUGAAAUAUUAAUGCGUAUACUGCACACCGUAAAGGCGUUACGCACUAUAUUCCAUCGCAGCUAUAGUAAUAGCACGACAAUUAGAACGAUGGCCACGGACAUCAAGUUUAAUGCGUCUCUUACACGCACGGAUCCGCAGCAGCAGCCGGUGCUAAUUAUUGGCCAGCUGCGUCAUCUGAACCUGCUCAAGUUUGGGCAGCUUGCUAUCAAAUUGGAGCCGCGUGUCAGUGAGGAGACAUUCAAGAAUGCCAUCGCCUGCCUGCAUCCGGCGCCAACAGACAAGUGUUCGCUUUACCUGGACGUGGCCACAGUCGCUGCGCUGCCUUUGAAGGCGUCGAGACAUAACACCGCCUCUCGGGCGCACUCGAUUACGCGCCUGGUGAAGAACCAUGUGCUCAAUGUGAAUGAGGAGAGCGUUGUGUUAGUUUGCGAGCGUGAGAACAUCUUUGCCAGCGCCUGUGCUGUGGUUCGUGCCUUUCCACUCUACUCCCGCAAAACGGGCAACGGCAACGGUGCCAAGUCGCCUUCAAUAGACGGCGGCGACGGGCAAUCCGCGCGGUCUGUGGUCAAUGUAGAGUUUGUUGUCAUUGAUAAAGAUGGCUGCGUACAGAAGGAGCCUCUCAGCCAGGAUGAGCUCCAGUGCCUGCACGAGACGGCGCGUGGUAUACGUCUCGCAGCACGCAUUGUGGAUACGCCCUGCAACGAGAUGAAUGUGGAUCACUUUAUUCAAAAUGUCAACGAGUUUGCCAAAGAGCUUUGUCUGCAGCCGCAAAUCAUACGCGGCGAAGAGCUGCAAGAGCGCGGCUUUGGCGGAAUCUAUGGCGUGGGCAAGGCGGCGGCUGUGCCCCCAGCUCUUGUCGUGCUUUCGCAUGAGCCCAAGGGUGCACAAGAAACUAUUGCACUGGUCGGCAAGGGCAUUGUCUACGAUACUGGCGGUCUGAGCAUUAAGGGCAAAACGGCUAUGCCGGGCAUGAAACGGGAUUGCGGUGGUGCUGCAGCUAUUCUGGGGGCCUUCUAUGCGGCCGUCAAGUGCGGUUUCAGAGAUAACUUGCAUGCCGUCUUUUGUUUGGCCGAGAACUCUGUAGGCCCAAAUGCCACGCGUCCCGACGAUAUACACACCUUGUACUCAGGCCGUACUGUGGAAAUCAACAAUACGGAUGCUGAGGGUCGUUUGGUGCUCGCCGAUGGCGUUUGCUUUGCCAACAAGGAUCUUAAGGCAAAUAUUAUUCUUGAUAUGGCCACGCUGACGGGCGCUCAAGGCGUUGCAACAGGCAAAUAUCAUGGCGCCAUAUUGACAAACUCGGAGCCAUGGGAAUCAAAGGCAUUGCAGGCCGGACGCAAAUCCGGCGAUUUAUUGGCGCCCAUUAUUUAUUGUCCCGAAUUGCAUUUCUCCGAAUUUGCAUCGGCCAUUGCUGAUAUGAAAAACUCUGUAGCGGAUCGCCAGAAUGCGCAAUCCUCCUGCGCCGGCCUCUUUGUGGCUGCUCAUUUGGGCUUCGACUAUCCCGGCGUUUGGAUGCAUGUUGAUAUGGCCACGCCCGUGAAUUGUGGUGAACGCGCCACGGGCUACGGCGUCGCCUUGCUCCUUACGCUAUUUGGCAGCCACACGAGCUGCGCGCUGUUGCAGUCGAUUGCGCCCGGCGAUGAGGAGCCUCCAUCGAAGCGUAUGUGCCGCGAUUAGCGUGCAACAAUUGCAUUGCUGUGAAGUGGAUCGUUUUUGCAUUUCAAUCAAGUUUAAUACACACACACAUACACGGAUAUACACACACAUGUCGAAAUAAGUUGAAAAGCCAAUUGAAUUAGCUGCCAGGCAAUAAAAUGAAAUUAAACGAAA